AUGUGACAGAAAAGCGAGCCCAGAGAAAGGAAUACGCAACGGCAUUGUGAGCAAAGAGAAAGAGAAAGAGAAUGCAAUCUUACAAGACUUCCAGGACUACCUUUCGGUCAAUAGUGGAAAUGGAAGAGCCACAUAUUCCACUGCGUCGGCCGUGCCUUCUCUGGCAGAGCAGAUAUGCUUCCUGGAACCUAAGGAUCAAAACGAUGGCAUUCUCAUGGACCAUGAGUAUACUAAUAUUCAGAAUGCAGUUUUGAUAUCUUCUACUGCGAGCGUUAUGCCAGCUCAAUUUGCUCUUAUGGGUGGAUUUAUGGCUCAACCAUCAGUGUUACCCCAGGAUCCUAGAGUUAUGCUAAACACAAACGUACCAUUCUCGGCCUUUAUAUGCGGGGUCCAAGGCAGUGGGAAAUCUCAUACCACGAGCUGCAUUAUCGAGAAUUGCUCCAUGUCAUUGCCCAUUUUAGGGGCUCUGAAGCAGCCACUGUCCACCUUGGUGCUCAACUUUAAUGAGUACACUUCGAAUGUCAGCGCCCAGCCGUGCGAAGCUGCAUUCCUCUCUUCGGUUUUGCCGGAAUGGUCGAAACAUGGACUCUCAAUCCCCGUUAGAGUCCUAGUGCCUCCGUCGAAUUUCUACAAUCUCAAGAAAAUAUACUCCCAGAUACCAAAUGUUGAGGUUCAACCAUUCAGACUCAAACCACACCAUUUGAAUAUCAGUGCAAUGCUAUCUCUCAUGUCCAUGGGAAAUGGUAGCCAGAUGCCCUUGUACAUGAGCCAGGUAGUCAGAGUGCUCCGCGAAAUGGCGAUUGAAAACAAGGGAGGAAAUUUCGAUUAUCUUGAUUUCAGAAGACGUCUGGACAAUCUUAAUCUAAACCGCAUGCAAACACCCUUUUUACAUCAGAGAUUGGAUCUACUUGAUUCCUAUCUGGAUCUCAAAGGGGAGCACAAUGGUGAUUACUUCACUGACGGUGGCAUCACUAUCUUGGAUUUGUCCUGCCCAUUCAUGGAUCAGGCUGCCACGUGUAUCCUUUUCCGUAUUGCUAUUGAUAUCUUCCUGCAUGCCCAUCCCUCGCGGGGUAAGAUGAUCGUGGCAGACGAGGCUCACAAGUACAUGAGUGAAACACCAGCAGCCAAGGACUUGACUGAAACAUUCCUUAACAUCAUUCGACAGCAACGCCACCUAGGGGUUCGGACCGUCAUCUCCACGCAGGAGCCAACCAUCUCACCGCGGCUGAUUGACCUUUGCUCUAUGACAAUUAUCCAUCGUUUUACAAGCCCUGAGUGGUACAGGACGAUCAAGAAGCACGUCCCUAUUGGCGACCAAAGUAACAGUCAGAGUUCCGAAGAAUCUUUUGAUGCGCUUCACGAGAUCGCACGUUUGCAAACCGGGGAGGCUCUGAUUUUUGCACCCUCUGCAUACCUCCUGGAUGAGAAAAGCUCUGCAAUCAACGCCGCACACAAAGUUUUCAAAAUGGCAGUUCGAAAGCGUAUUACCUGGGAUGGAGGAAGGACAAUUUUGUGUGUUCGUUGAUGUUCGAUGCUUCCCGUCACAAUACAGGACACAGGUGUCCUAGUAGUGGAUCUGCGGAUGAUACAUGUUGGAAGUAUUAGAUUGGGGACAUCGCCAUCUCAAUUGUGCAGAUACCUAGAGUGGGACUUACAGGUAGUAUGAGGAAAUGUUUCGGAAUUAAUCAAUAGGAAUGUAAAUGGUAAGAAAGAUAUUGAUUUGGGAGUCCUAAGUGGAAUGCUAAAAGACUAUCCCAUGUUCGUCACUUGACUUUUUUGCUAGUGAGACGACGAUGCUAAAACAGUUCACUGGAAUUUUCAUCUCAUCCAGACCCCGACGUACGCUCGUAUCCCUUCACAGGUUAACCCCAGCAAAUGCAAGGGGGCCACGCCACAUACAAUAGUGUAACGACGCAGUGCGUGGAAAGAUUAUAAAAGCUGGUUGCUUCCCCCAGAGUGCUAG